CGCCCUCACCAAAAAGCCCAAACCCAUACUGUAUGUCAGUCUUGCGGCCGGUCAGCGCUGCAUCCAUGACAUCACACACACAGAACCAUAGCCACUUGCCCCCCUGUGUGUGUGUGUGUCUGUGUACCCACCCGUCAGUCGUAUCGGCGCCGGGGGCGGUCAUAGUGACUGUCGUAUCCGUCAUCCUCAUCACGGGGCUGAAUGAAUGCAGCAAAUGAACGCACCAAACAUGCCACACACCGUGAACGCGACGGCAUAUGCCUUCUGUGUGUUCGAGUGCGUGCGUACUUACGUGUCGGCCCCUGCCCCGUGCGGGCGCCCUGGUGUAUGUGCCGCUAGAGUCUUCGUCACGGUCGUCGUUGGCGAGCUGGCGGCCACGAGGGCGACCCAUGUCACCAUCUGCCAGGCAGGAACACACACAUCCGUCGGUCACUUAUGGGUUUCUCAGUCCUUCCUUGUCGCAGCCUCCCUCCCUCCCUCCCUCCUCUCGCAUACCGUCAUUGUCACGUUUGUUGUAGCGGCUGUAUUGAGAGCGGUCUUCCUCCUGCCCCCCUCUGUAUCCGUAGUGGUCAUCCUCCUCCUCGCCCAACCGACUCAUGCGCUCCACACGAUCGCCACCUGCACACCCAUAACAUACAGACAGCCGAGCCCCCGAGCAGGACGGACAGGACACAUCCAUCCAUCCAUUGCUUUUGCUGCAUUCCCCCAUGCCAUGCACCUCAGCUUGCUUACGUCGUCGGCCGCGUGUGCGUGCCGGCACUACGAGGCUGCCGUCGUCCUCGGGGUCGUCGCGCCUCUCCAUGAAGCCGUACCGGUGGGAUGACCCUUCGAACGGCCCACCACCACGCACACCCGACGAUCGGUCGUCACGGUCUCGGUCUCGGUCUCGGCAUUGGUUGUAGCUGUAGUUGUGGCUGUAGUUGCCACGGCCUCCGUCGUUGUAGCCGUGUGGGUAGUCAGCAGGGCCAGGGCCAGUGGGGUCUGGGAUGCGGUUGAUGUUGCGUGGGCUGGGACUGCCCGACGGGGACAGGAUCUCGCUCUCUCGGCCCAUCAAGGGGAUCGACGGACGACCUGAGUUCAAGCCGCGAGCCACCUCUGCAGACAUGCACCACGACACACACAGCAGACGCAACAAACAGGUGACAGCAGACGCAAUAAACAGGCCACGGAUGAUGCACUCGUGCCUUUCGCCCCCCCGUCUGCGCACCAUCUCUGGCGCGAUCGUCGUCUCGUUCGCGAGAGGCCCCACGGCGCGCGAGUUUCUCCUGCAGCUCUCUCUUCUCGGCCUCGACACGCGCGAUCCUCUGCUGGUCCUCGUCGUGCAGCUUACGCAGUGCCUCCAACUCACGCUGCCGCUCGUCCUCCCUGGCCAUGCCGCCCUGAUUCUCCCCCUGCUGCUGCUGCUGCUGCUGCUGAAGACCUGAGCAACCACACACAGGCACGUGUCGGUGGGUGCAUGUGUGUAUGUUGUGUGCAGUACCCAUGGUGUCGACGGGCAGUCUCUCUCGGGCGUUGCUGUUGGCGAAUAUACCGCGGCCGAAACCGCGGGGCGGGCCGGCAGACACACCUGCAUCAACACACAAACCGUCACGGCUGUUGCAGACAGACAUACGUGAGGUCAAGUGGCGUACCGGCACUGUUGUCUUGCCGCUGCUGCUGCUGUGUCUGUAUCCGUGUCUGUGUGUCUUGGCGCGUGUUGGUGCUGUUGUUGAUGGCGAUAGGCAGUCGGUCGCCCUCUCGAAUGCGCUUCAGAUGGUGGAUGGCACGUUCGACCGCCUGAGGUGCACCUACAUAGCACACACACAUCACCACAACCACACACACAAAACAAAACAUCCACCAAAGUCGCCGGACAGCUUGUGUAUGUCAUGCUAGUGGGUGUGCCUACCGGUGACAGUGAUCUCCAGGUCAUCGCUUCCCUCAGCGGGGAUGCUAAUCUUGGCUGGUUGACACACACCAGCCGGCAGCGAAUGGUGGUGUGAUGGUGUGGGGGCUGGCUGGCUGAGGCAUGUACCUACCUCCUGUGUGGCCCUGUAUGGUCUUAAUGGUGGCACCGCCCUGACCCACGUACGACGCACGAUCGUGCUGCACAUAGACCAAACCCCACAUAGAGGGAGGAGGGAAGCCAAUCACGCUGCGUGACGGUCCAUGGCUCACCUUGGAUCUCAUGGUGAACGUCUUGUUGACCGAGCCCUGACCAUGAUGGAGGGAGGGAUGAAGGGAUGGAUGGUGUGGCCUCCCUCCCUCCCUCCCUCCGUCGCUCACGUGAGUGGGUAGUUGCCCGAAUCUGCCGACCCCCAGGUGUCGCUGCGCAUCCUCUAUCUCCAUCAGCGGCUGACCACUGCAGCCACACCCAACACACACAACACACAAGCAUAAUACAUACAGGUGGAUAUAUGGCCAAAGAGGGCACAGGUAGAGAGGUGUGUGUGUGUGUGUGUCGUUUGCUGACGAGAAGGGCAGGGGCAGUGCCUUCCAGUCGAUGUUGCCCUCCUUGGCGAUGCACUCGGUCAGCAAACUCGGCACAGGCUGAUUGCUGUUCUCCAGCACCUACACACACAUGCAUCCACCCACACACAUCCACACACAUACAACAGGUGUUUUUGUGUGUGCAGAUGGAUGGCUGGAUGGAUGGACGGAUGGACGGACCGUUCUGAGGUCUUUGGCGAGUUGGUUGGUGUCAUCGCGUCUUGAGUAAUCCCAGCUGUCGAACAGGGCGUAGGAAAUGCCUCGGUUGCCGGCACGGCCAGUGCGGCCGAUACGGUGAAUGUAUCUGACAAUUAAACACACAUUACAUGCAUGCCGACACUCACUCAGAGGGCGUGCAGUGCGGUCUGUGCGGUGUGUGCUGUGCAGAUCAGAUACUCACUCGUCGAUGUGGUUUGGCAUGUCGUAGAGGAUGACGGCCGUGACGCCCUGGAUGUCCAAACCACGACUCGCCACGCCAGGGGCUGACCCCCAACCCCCCACACCACACCCACACCCACACCCACACCAACACAAGACCACACGCACAGUGUGUGUGUGUUUGGUGUCACGUCACAUGCAUUGCAUUCACUGAGUAGUGAGUGUCCUUACUUCCUUACCGAUGAGUAUUUUGGUUCUGUCGUGUCUGAAUUGGUCCAUGACGUACUGCCGGCCCUCUGACGUCUUGCCGGAGUGGGAGGACAUCGCGUCGUAUCCUGCAGCCUUGACUCGCUCACACAGAAUGUCGCACCCUGACACACACACACACACAUUGGUGGGCAGGUGGGGUGGUACUGGCUGCACUGCCCUGCCCCUGCCCUGCCCUUGCGUGAAGUGCAUUAGCGGCAUAGGUUCGGUGUGGUGCGUACGUCUCUGUGUGUUGGCGAAUAUGAUGAUCUUUGGCUGGUGGUACUUUCGGUGGAGGUCCUCGAGUAUGCCUGUCAGUAUCGAGUCCUUCCUCUCAGACUAUAGACAGACACAGCAACAAACAACACACAUGAAUCCACAAAAAAACCCAUAUAUGUGCCGUGCCGACUUACGUCGCAUAGCAUGACGUGUUGAGUGAUAUUCCCAGGCGCCUUCAAGUCCGUCGCAUCUGCACACACAUGCACACACACACACACACACAUAGUCGUCCGCACACAUGAGGUCGGUUGUGCUGUGUGGUGUCGUGCACACCUCCCUCCCUCCCUCCUCCCUCCCUCCCUCAAUCCAUCCUAACCGCAGUAGAUGAGCACGGGCUCAGUGACGCAGAAGGAACGGGCGAUGCGCUGCACCUGCGUGUGGUGUGGAGUCGAGUGGAGCGGAUGGCGCCACAGAUACAGACACACAUGUGGGUGGGGUGUUUAGGCUCCUAACCUACAUACCUUCUCGGGCCAGGUGGCGGUGACCAUGAUCAUCUGGCGGUCGUCGCGGAAGCCGGCCAGGAUCUGCAUGAACGAGCCAUGAGCAAUGACGGACGGGCGAAUGCGGGUGCGGGUGUGGGUGUGUUAGUUACGAAUUUGAGUUGAGUGUGGAAGGAGUCGUCAUAGUCCACUAGCCGGUCAGCCUCAUCCAGCACCAUAUACGUCAGCCGAUUCGCACGGAAGUUCCCCUACACACACAGAAAGACAGAGAAACAAAGAGAGAAUGGUAUGAGCUCACCACGUGGUCACACGCGCCCCUCUUGUUUGUGUUUGUGUCGGUGUCGGUAGGCGGUUGGUGUGGUAUAUUACGCGUUUGAUCAUGUCGCAGAGCUUGCCCAGAGUGGCCACGCAGAUCUCCCCGCCCCGCGUGAGCUGAGCCUGCGCCGUCCGCUCGCCCCCGAUGCACUCGAUGACCCGCAUGCCGCCAUACACAAACGCCUGUGUGUGCGCAACGCAAGCCACCGACGCACACACACACAUAUGGGGAGAGAUGGAUAGAUGCCCUGUGUGUGAGCGUGUGUGCCUCAUUCCAUUCACCCUGGCCUCUUGUGCAAUCUGGCGGGCCAGCUCCCUGACAGACAGACAGACAUGGUACCCACAGACAAGACACAAACAGGGGGGGUGUCCUUGCGAACAAUCCUGACCUCAUGUGGGGUGGAUGUGAUGUCUGUGUGUCCUUCCUUCCUUCGCUGUGUCUGUCUGUACUGUGUGGGUGCCAGUAUGAGUGCGAUGGGUCCGUCUCCGGUGGCGAGCCGCGGUUGGGCGAUGCAGUGGGCGAUGCAGGGCAACAGAUACGCCAACGUCUGCAGCACACGUGGAUGGAUGGAUACCCACACACAUAAACUUAUAGGGGGCGUGUGCCGUGCAGUGCCGUGCCGUGACGUGGCGUGUGUGUUGGUGCUGACGGACGUUGGUGUGAUGUGAGGUAUGUGCUGUGCUGUGCGUACCUUUCCGCUGCCUGUCUGGGCGACCCCCACCAUGUCGCGGCCGGAGAGAGCCACGGGCCACGAUUGAACCUGUGAAUGACGCAUGCAUGACACUCACACACGAAGACCCACACAGAGGGACGUGUGUAUGCGUGUGGCGUGGCGUGGCGUGGUGUGUGUUGAUGGGAUUCGCCUACACAUACGCACCGCACCUGUAUGGGUGUGGGCUCGAUGAAGUUGCGCUUCUGGAUCUCGUCAGUGAUGGUCUCUGCACACACACACACACACACGGACGACAGGCACACACGCGGGAAGGACACACCUCCAUCCAUCCAUGAGCUGAGCGUGUGUGCAUGGGUAUGCUUGGUGUGUCGUGUCCUGUGUGGUUCUUCCGUACGGUUGAAUCCCGCCUGCAUGAAGGUGAGCACCGGCUUCGGAAGAUCGCGCCCAACGCAAUACAGCACCUUGAUGUUCCUAACACACACCACACACGCGCCAGUGGCCAGUGGCGCGGCUGGUUUAUGUGAUGUGUUGUGCUGUGCUGUGCUGGUAUGCGCCUCACUUUUGUUUGCGCAUCUCUUGGGCCUCUUGCUGAGUCAUGUCCCUCACCUCGGGAUGCUCCUGUACACAUCACACACACAGGCCCACACGCAUACAGACAGACAGACAGAUGGAUGUGUGUCCUGUGGGUGAGUGAGUGCGGCACGUGUGUGUGUCACUCGGUAGAAGUCGUUUCUCUUGUGGGCGGUUCUCCACUUCUGCUGGUUGGCCUGCACCUCACUCUCGGGGAACGCCUGACACACACCACACAUCACAACACACCACACCACACGUCACACCCCUUCCCCUCCCCGUCUCACCGUGACUGGGUCGAGGUCUGACAUGAAGGCACCACCACGCUCACGCCGAUCACGACCGCCCCCACCUCCCCCACCCUGCACACACACACCGCACAAGCGCCACAACACACGUACCCCACACAGAUGAACCACACCGCCCAUGCGCACACCUGAGAGGGACCGUGCAUCUCCGGACGACCCGGUGGCACCCAACCCAGUAGAUGCUGCUGCCCGCUCACGCUGGGCCUGCUCGCGCCACCCGACGUCCACCCUCCACCACCGCCUCCCGACGCAGCAGCGGAUGCGGCAGCCGCAGGAGCAGGGCCUGGCCGCACAUGGGUCGGCACGUGCCAGUCGACGUCGUCGUCGAUGUCGCCUCCACCGAGUGGGGAUGCUCGUGAUGGCGCGGGGUGGGCGUGUGGACGGCUGCUGGCUGUCGCCCCUCCCCCUCCUCCCCCUCCUCCCGUCGGCAGAGGACCCCACCCAUCCGAUUCGCUCCAGUUGUCGUUGUUGCGCCGGUUGUAGUAGUAGUUGUGGCUGGCCGAGCUGGCCGGCUGUUGCUGUUGGUCUGUUGCCUCUGCCGCCAAAGCGGCGUCGAGGUCCCUGGCGAGAGCGGCAUCGUCUUCUAUCUGGUCCUGCACACGUAUGUCCAUAAUGGCCUCGACAGGGAUUCUCUCCGGGUCGUCUCGCCCGGGCGGCAAACGGCCUUGGGCGGCGAUGUCGGGCGACGACGCCAUGGAGGGGGGCCUCAGGUCGACGGGCGACGGGGGAUCUGGCACCACAAUGCAACCACAAUGCACACAUGCACUUGUCACGGGGCAGUAGGAAUUCGCCUCUUUCUCGGCCUCGCUCCACCCGCCACCGCCGCUCACCGUCGAGAACGUCGUCUUGGGCGUCGAAGAAGCCGUUGCUGUUGGACGUCGACAGGCGGUCGGCCAUCUGCUGUCACGGUCAGCGUCCGUCUCAGAGGGAGGGUGGCGUGCCAAAGUGGAAAGCAAAUGGCUCAAAGGAGGUGCUCAAGGCGAUAGAAGACCCCUGAUAUCGGGAAAAAGAUGGGAGAUGGCGGACGGGAG